AUGAGGAGCGCUUGUGCGCCUGCGUUCAGAUUAUAUCCACGAUUGGAUGACAUUCAAAAAGAAAGAAAAGAGCUGAUGGGAAAGUUAAGCUCGUUACACGUCAGCCUACUUUCGUACAAGUAUGCGUGCGCACCCUCAGUUUUGCCAGAGCGAGACAGCUUUUCUGAAACGUUGGAAAUCCUGAAUACUAGAGUGCUUAAGCUUCUGUCUCAAGUGAAAGAGAGGCUUUAUACAACUGUGUGUGUUCUGGGGCGUUCUGGUAGCGGUAAGACGCACUUGCUGAACACAAUUUUGAGUGAAGGACUAGCGAUCCCACGGAACCUCGAGAUACCACUGGAUAAAGACAUCAUCAAAAGUUGUUUGAAAGUUAGUUUUAUUGAUGUGCGCGGUGAACAUGUUUGCUGGACCCCCCAAAUGGCAGAGUUAGGCAAUGCAAAUGGAGCAGCCGCCGAGAAAUUCCAACACUUUUUUCCUGAGAUAACGAGUAGUGAAGAGUGCAGUCGAAUAUUACCUGAGGGAGACAUGCUUUGUACGACGAAAGUGCCCGUUCACCUGUUCUAUGGAGACUGCGUAAAAGUGUCCUUCGCAUACACCUCCGCGACUCGAGUUGAAAAUGAUUUAAAGUCUUUGCUUACACUGAGAAAUUGUUGCUCAUCGAAGAGGCCAACCGACUUCUAUGGCGCUCAACAGGCAUCUAAGGACGCCUGUGGUGGAGAAACUACAGAUGAGUCACUCACAGGUGUUGGUGGUAAUGUGUCGCGUGCGUUCGCUGUCUUAGGCUUAGCGCCCGGGUUCGAUAUCACGGCGUUGGCGGAUGAAGAUAUUAGACUACCAGAACACCUUGUUGCGUGCAUUGGGCGAAUUUUCACUUGUAGUUUGACAGGCUGCCCGUUACGUGAAGCAUUGGCAUAUUUGAAAGCAGUGUUGUUCGACUUAUUGUGUGGGGAAAACUCGCAUUCUGGCCUGUUGAAUUUUGUGUCUAUAGAAGUUCCGAGCACUAAUCUAAGUCACGAAAUGGAAUUGGUAGACUUACCAGGCUUUGGAGAUGCCAUGUUCAGUGGCUCUUCAAAUGUUUCAAGUGUAGUCGAAAGAGCGAGUCGAUUAAUUCAUGUGUGUGAUGAAAGAAAAUUAGAUGGAGAUGUCACUCGAUUCUUGAUGAAAACGUUCCUUCGUAGGAUGAUUCGAGACGAGUGUCGGUUCGUUAGCGUCUGCAAUAACCGGCAUAGGAAAAGGUGCAGGAAGCGAAACGAUGAGAUUUGGCACAAGGCUCGAUGUGAAGAAUUUAUUAACCUUGCACUCUCCGUGCAUGGAAAACCAAAUGUUGAUGUUGAUGAAUAUGUUCGACAUCAUUGCAGGUUCUGCGUUCUAUACAGUGGUUCAAGUCAAAUCUUCGCGACGUUGGAGUGUAUCAAAUUUGUACUGGCUCCCACUUCGCCGGAUGGACUGGUCGCAGGAGUUGAAUUGGAGCGCACGAGGUUUGAUGACAUAAAAAGAUUACUUGCUUGUCAUGUCUUUUGUGUGGCAUCAUAUGCAAAAGCGUCUACAUUUCCAUAUUGCAAGUCUUCACGGAGUCUCUAUGACGAUAAAAUCUCUCGAACAGGAGUAAAGACGGAAGGCCUAACUUCUCUUGUGCAUCAUUUUGAAGGGUUAUUGAACUAUUUUGUGCGUGAGAAGUGUGCUCUAUUUUACAGUUCAGUGAGAAGUAGAAUUCAAGACACAAUUCAUGACGACACUUUCUCUGAGUAUAUAAAUUGGACCGGUGUUCAGUUCCGUUGGCCAAACAAACUGCCACGACAACACAAACUAUAUUGCUCUGCCAUUCGCGCAAUGGAGGCCUUCGUUUUUGUGACGCUGUAUGGAUCGCAGGACAAGUGUGCUACACAAGAUGAACUCAGAUUUUGUAUUGAACAGGCAAUAGAGAACUACAAGAAAAUUGGUGCUCGCAGCCACUACAACAUUCGUGAUGAACAGUCAAGCCACGUACUGCUAUUGAAACUGCUAGUUACGUUGGAUAGUUUAAUUGACAAGUUCUUGAGAACAAAGAUGGAUGUCCUGUAUGAGCUCUCAAAUACGUUUCGCGAAUUAACGAAGCACGUUUCAUGCGAUGAUGAACACAUGUACUCUAAUUUCAAUGAGCUAGCACUUGAGGCAACUGUCCGAAUAGUGACGAGACGCUGCAAACAUUGUGUGCAACAAAUAGUCUCAGACAUGUGGCUCAUUGUAAAGCGCUUUCGAAAAGGUGUGAUGGAGACGGAGUCUUUUGAGGAUACGAGACGUUCACUUUUUCACAACAAUGUUUUCAUCUGGGGAGCCCUUGUCCUUCAGGAAACUGUCCAUCGAAACGAUUCUUUCUAUCUUUCUCGUAUCCAGGACGUCGGCGCGCUGAGUUUCAAACAUCUCAUGACUGAGAUUCUACUUGCACUUGCUACAAUAUGCUUAUCAAGGAGACUGAGGCCAUACAUUUGUACGAGCCUCUCAAAAAAUGACGUGCGAGCUAUCUACCAUUCUGUCUCUCAGAUGAUGAUCAGCACUGGAAGAAGCACACUCAGUAUGCAUUCUUUGUACUCGAUCAUAACAUCAAUGAGGACAAUUUACGGUGGGUCGGUCCGAGACUUUUGCUUCGCUUUGGAAACGCUCGGUUGCCACGAGAAUCCAUAUCAGCUCGAGAGUAAUGUGUUGGAUUCCAAAGCUUUGGAUUUGCAACUUUGCCUGACGGAGCUCGAACGCAAUCCAAACGACAUCCCAAGGCUCACGGAAAGGAGUGUCAUAAUCCAUGAAAGUUUACAAUAUCUGGAGCGAGAGGUCCUCACGUGUGACACAUUCUUCCGCGAAUGGGGCAGUGAUAUUCUCGUUUCAUUCGUGUUCUUUUAUUUAAAUGCGCACGGAAGAAUUCGGGAGUAUUGCUUCGAAGCAGCUCACAGAAUCGCUGGACGCUGGCUGAAGUUGCACCAAACUUUCGAUCAGCCACUCUAUCGUGAAGACAUUCUUUUCUUAAAUGAGGCUGUCUACGCGAUGAAGACCUUAGAGAUUGAUGUGAAACAUUUAGAAGAUGCACUUUCCAGCGUGGCGUCAAAAUGGCAUUUGAAUGAGUACAUAGGUCUCACACAAGCAGCUUCGCUGACAUACGAUAUGCUGAACUCGGCCAUGAUCUGGGCGUUUUUCUUCAGAGGGACAGGAAUAGAAGUUGGAGGCAUAUCUGAGAAAGAGAUUGAUGAAAUGAGCAAUGCUGCUGUGAAAUCACUAGAGUGUGAGGUGCAGGCUGAUUCGAUGAGAUCUUUUCAGGACAAGUGUUAUUUCGUGACGCAUCGGAUUUUCACACACACAUCUUGGUGCAGUUCGAAGAUAGACAUUGAAUUUUACAAUAAAGAGCGACGAUUUCUACGUUACUAUCUGCCGUACUUACAGAGAGCACAAGACAUCGAGCUAGUUGGCGAGUUCGUUCAAACACUUAAGUGCUUUGGAUACUCUGAAACUGAUUCUAACAUCGACAAGGCCGUUCAAUUUUUAUUAUCCUACCGAGAUGAUAGCGGUGCGUGGGAUCUAGGUGAACACAAGUUUGCGCGAACAUACCAUGCUACCGUUUGUGCCUUAGGCGCUAUAAUCGAAAGCUGA